CGAUGGGCUUUGGACUGGCAACCGUUCUGAUUAGUGAUCCCUCGUUUCACUCCUCUUCGUCUUCGCUUCGACGGUUCUAGCGGGCGAUCCAAAGGCGGCGGCGGCGGCAUGGCGAUGCGGUUGGCUGCGGCGGCGUUUGUGCGGCGGAUUACGCCGGCGCGCCCUCCCGUCCCCGUCCCCGUCCCCGUCCAGGCGGCUGCUUCGGCGGGGGCGGAGGCGGUGACGUGCGGGCGCGGGGACAAGAAGACCAAGCGGGGGAAACGGUUCAAGGGCUCCUACGGCAACGCGCGGCCGAAGCGGGAGAAGAAGAUCGAGCGCAUCAAGGACCGCGUUGAGGUGCCCCGUUCCACACCCUGGCCCCUCCCCUUCAAGCUUAUCUGAGAGCGGGCUUCCCCUCCCUUUCCCCUCGGUUCAUGAGGGUACCUAGGCUAGGGUUUACUGCAACGGUUGCUGCUACUUUCUCCGUUUCCAGUUAGCUACAUGCCUGCAGGGGCGUGUUUUUGCUAUGUUUUUACUUGGUUGUUUCCCAUUGCGUGGUGUCAGAUAUGUACUAUCGUGCUGCUGUGAUUCAACUUUGCCCAAUGCAAUCCUUAUGGAUGAAGUGAAAUAUGUUUCCGUUUCAUCCUUCUGUUGGUGUAUGCGCUAUAUGGAUGCUGAUAAUUGGAAAAUGAAUUUAUAGUUAUUGAUCUUUUAUUCA